CCUCUACCAGUCGCCAUACUUCGUUAAUUAUUAAAGGGCUCUAAAUAUAGAACAGGUUGAUAUAACGAGGGAGCCGUUUUUAUGAUUUCCUUAUUUUACGAUUGGAGCUCUAAAAGGAACAUGUCCUAAUCCAAAUUAUAGCCCUUCGCAUGAACCAACAAAACACCAAUGCUGAACUGAAGAAAGCUCAGCAGCAAUGACUGGAAUAGUUGUUCUAGCGCUUUUUCAGAUUAUUUUCAUAAAUUGGACAAUAUGCAAUGGUGCUAGUUUGCCAAAAUGGGUUCAUAGAGUGGACUCAUGUCCAGAUCCAACCAAUAUAAGCCAAUGGAUUCAUGCAUCCAAAUUACUAAAUUGCCCUCAUGAUCCGUCUACACCCGAAGACAAUCUAGAAAGGGUAUAUCAUUGUAUGCCUAGUUCGUUUUUGAACGAAACCGUUGAGUUCUGUGGUCGAAACGUGCCCAUAGAUGAAGGACAUUGCCCUAUUUACAAAUAUGAAUACGGACAAAACACCCGACCGACAUACUUCAAUUGUAUUAGCUUUACAUCAGGGUGUCCUAACAAGACGUUUUCCUCCAAAGAAGUAUUUAAACAUCCAGCAUGCCUGAGAAUAAUAAGUAAUUUGAAAUGUUACGAAGCUCAGAAAAACUGUUCUUAUAAGCAUACAUCAACAGCAUAUCCUCUCACAAAAGACGAAGGAACCACUUUGGAAACACAUGCAACGUCUUCAUCAAAUAAAGUUGUUAAUUCUGAAUCAGCAGAUUCCUCUGGUUUGGGAAUCCCCGAAACCACUGUCAUUGUAGUAGUGAUAUGUUUUGUUUUACUUGGUGUUUUUAUUUUUGUGUUACACAAACGAAAAUGCCUUUCGUUUAAAGGUAUACGUAAAUGUAGAAAUCCUAAUAAGAGAACAAUGGUAAAGAAUGAAGAAGAGGACUUUGCAACUCUUGAAUCAUUUAUUGAAAAGUGUCAAAACGAAGGCUCAAGCACUGAAGAAACUGCACUGGAUUAUACAAAUUCUGCUACAAAUUUGCCUAAUGGUCAUAACCCAAACAUAGAAAUAGAGGAGACGUCCCCGAAGAAAUUACUUAUUUGUAAUAGUUCAGCAAAUGGCCAAAUGAGAAACUCUGUAAGAGAAUCUUAUCUGGAUCAUUUACAUAAAGGAGCAGACAAGAUGCAGCAAAAUGUUUUAUUUGAAAUGCUGAAAAAAGACAUGACUAUAGAAAUAGUCAAUAAAAUCAAAGCAUUACUAAAAGGAAGCUCCGAUGAUUUAGAAAAUAUACAAAAUCCAGAGCAGAUGUUGAGAUAUUUAUUUAAAACCUAUGUAGCUUUCCACAACAUUACAUUUUUAGAGGGAAUUUUUUUGUCGGCCAAAGCUCCAAAACUUUAUGAUCGCUGCAUAGAGUUUUGUAAAAAAGGAGGAAGGGGGUUUACAUAUUUCGAGGAAAGAAUACCAAGCAAAGAUCACACAAGGGCCGUGUGCGUAUUGAACUGUCCCGAUAUUUAUAGUUAUUCUGAAAAAGAACUAAAGAAAUUAAGAGCGAUGCUGGUAAAUAUAACUGAUGCCCAAUUUGAUGAUAUAUUAGUGACUGGUGUCAAAACUGGAUGUGUGAUUGUAACUUUUAUGAUACGAAAUUGCCUUAUUCCAAAACUGAGGUCACUUUAUACGCCGGAGAAGUUGGCUUAUCAAUGGAUGUUGAAUCUUCCACUGAAACACAAAAUUGUGAAAGUUAUAAUAGAGGACGAAGUGAUUUAUAUGUCUGAUAUUUCAACAACAGUAGAUAAACUUAUUGCACAAGCAAAACUCUGCGGACAUGAACAACAGUCCCGUUUGGAAUCAAGUCAAACAAAAAUGAAGACUGAAUCUCCUAAAAACAGUGAUAUCACAAGUAUAGAAUGUGAAGAAAGAUCUGAAAUAUCUAUCAAGGAAAGUGACUUUAACAGAGACAUGGCUAUGAUGGAGAAAUGUGCUGAGGAAACACAAGAAUUAAAAGAGUUAAAAGAUUUCCUAGAGAGCAUCGGGGGUUGUAUUACCGACGACACUUUGUACUCUAUGAGAACCAUUUUACAAGAAUUCAUGGAUGAAAAGUCUGUUAAAUUAAUGGAUACAACUAAAAUGCUGAGCGAAUUGUUGGACCUGUUCAAACUCCAGUAUAACUUCAGUUUCCUAGAAUGGAUUUUUCAAAAAUGUGGAGAAUAUGAUCUCGUCGAAAAAUGUCAAAAUUUUUCAUCUGAAAAGCAAUUUCAGCUGGAAUGUUUCCAUACAAAAAUCAUCCCAAGUCCAGGAAAUCAACAUUUAGAACUCCAUAUCAUGGUGUUUGAGUUAGGAUCAUUCCAAGCAGAGAUCCAAAAAAUGAGACUUUGGCUAGCGGAUACAGUAUGUGCACACCCUGGUCAAAUUCUUAUGACGGCACUAGAAAAUAGACCGAUCGUUGUAACAUUUAGGAUGAAAGACAUACAUGCUGAUACUUUUCUAAAAUUUCUUCAAACUGACGAUGGUCAAAUUGCUGCGUCGCGAAGAAGAGUGGAAAAAAUCAUCAACAACAAGAGAGUCAUAAAAAUAGACAAAGCACUGAGUGAAUCAAACUUUGUUCAUAUUCGUUUAAGUUUUCGAAAAAAACCCUUUGAAAGACUUGGAAAAACCGUAAGGGAUGUUACAUCGACAGUUCUGCGACAUACAGGACUGUCAAUGGAAGGAAGAGAGAUUUUGAUAAGAACCAUCCCAUCAAAAACAAAAAGACAUGACGACCAAAAUGAUUCGAAAAGUGAAACCUUUCUUCGGAUGAAUCAAAACUCUCUGUUAGAGAAUCUUGAACCUAUAGUCAUGCUGGAAAAAGGUGGAAUCAAAUCUUUGUUUAAUACGGAAGAAAUAAAUAGAAUGAAAAAGAUUGAAAGCAGAAGAGAAAGAGCAAAGUUUUUCUUAGAUAAGUGUCACAAGUUGUCGAGAGAAGAAAAGGAUUGGAUAGUCACACAUUUAAAAGACACUUUACCUUCAUCGGAAGAAUUGCCCAGUCCAAUGGAAUUGGAUCCUUUGAAGUGCUGGAUUAAAGGUAAUCGAGAAACUCUUCUUGACGAAAUAGACUCUGACUUCAUUGAAACCACUAUCAGUCAUAUGGAAGAUGUACCGUGUGAGGUUUAUACAUUAUGCAAGGAUCGAAGCAAGGGGAGAAAAGAAAAAGCCAAGACAUUUUUAGAGUUUGCACUGAAAAAGGAUGACUAUGUUUUGGCGUUACAAAAAACUUUGGAAGAAAACAACAUAUUCUUUAAUGAAAGACAUACUGAUUCACAGGACACAUUUGAUUCAUAAAGCAUUCAAUUUAUCUAUACUUAAACCCAGUUUGUUUUUACACGUAAUAAAACACAUAUGUUAUUUUAUGGUCAAUGACUAUGUCUUGACUGUACAUUAUACUCAUGAUUUCUUCGAAUAGAAAGAGUAACCUGCCAUUUGCAUUAAAAUUAAAUUGUUACAUACAGCAUUUAUGUCAGCCUGCCAAGAAAAAUACUUCAACUCAUAUAUAAAGGUAAAAAGAUGUUGAUUUUCUUCGAAAAGGCGCUGGGGCCUGUUUCACUAAAAGGCGUAAGAUACGACGAAACUUAAGUUAGGCCUUAGGGCGAGAGAGAGAGAGAGAGAGAGAGAGAGAGAGAGAGAGAGAGAGAGAGAGAGAGAAACCCGUAAAGUAUUCAGGAAUAUUAAUCAUGUUAAGUGACAAAAUCACACAGCAAAAGUUGCUAAAAUGUUUUAUUUGAAAGAUAUAUUUGAUGAAGCAUGUAGGAUAUGUUCAUUUAAAAAUUAUCAACUCAAGAGAACUAUUUUGUACGGCGGCGUGGAAGGGCCAGAUGAAGAAUUAAUGCAGUAAUGAGCUUUUUAACCAUGGAUUGGACAAUAUUAAGCAAGCUAUUAAUAUUUCAUUAAAAAAAACAAUCAAAAAAACCCCCAAAAACGAAGAGGCUCGGAGAAAUAUAUUUAUUUCUCUCAUAUUAAGAUUUGUGUCAAUGUAAAAUGUGGAUAAAAAAUGACCUUGAAAAUAAUUGAUGAAUUCCAAGUCUAACUUUUUUUACCCAAUUUGUUUCCGAAGUUAUUUUUUUUCGAAUUAUUUAAGUGAAAGGGUACAUUCAAACCAUAAGUGCAUGCACGUUUAUUUGUAAAUGUUUCACCAAAGUUAUCAGAUCCAAGGUAAAGCUGUAUAUGUCAGACGUAUGGUGGACUCAACAUAAACUACCCAAGUACACUUACAUGUGUAUUUAUUAUAUUUAACGAGGCUUCAUAUAGAUUUGAAGUUAAUAGAGAGUAUGCGUAUGUAACAUACGAAAUAAAAUCAAUUUUAUCUGGA